AUGCAAGCGACUAUUCUUCGGACGCAAUCAUUUCGGUCUAGGAUUAGCAUACACAAGUACACACCAUGGAGGCGACCCUUUUCAUCUUCUCUUUGCCGCAGGGAAAUCAGAAAUAUAGAGACGUUACCUCAACGUCUACUACCUAAAUACGAAGAAUCUUGGGAGGGCGAUCUCCUCUCUCUUCAAUGGCCAGCACCCCCUCGAAAUGUCUUUGUUGUGAAAAAGGACUGCGUGCCAACAGUAACGGAAUCACUAAUUGAAUUUGCGAAGUACGGGAGCCGUCUUGAUACCUUAGAGAGCACAACUGACGGCUUUUUGUCUAGUCAUGUAACAUCUACGUAUCCAUCUAUCGCCCUGAUCCUAGAGCCGAAGACUGCCGAAGAAGUACAUUCAAAAUUUUCUUUUCCUAUCUACUCAGCUCCAUUGAGCAGGCUAGCCUCCGCGCUACAUAGUAAGGCGGACCUUACGGUUACUCUUGGCGGGGAUGGAACUAUUUUGCAUGCUUCUUCCUUAUUCGCUACAUGUUACAAUGUACCCCCGGUGCUUUCAUUCAGCAUGGGUACACUGGGUUUUUUAAGCGAAUGGAAGUUCGAGGAGUACAAACGCGCAUUUCGUGAGGUAUACAUGUCCGGUGCGGGAGUAGGGGAUCGAGCUCCUAUGUUAGAGGCAUCGAGGUGUACUGUGACGGAUUAUCAAGCAGAUUCUGAGGCAGGCCCUACAGGAUGGUCGUCGGUUCGUGGGAAAUCAAUGGGCUCGAGCCGUGGAGCUCGUAUUUUGAUGCGAAACCGCUUAAAGGUGGGGCUUUUCACCACUGACGGGAGACCUGUUCACCAAGACCGAAGUUCAACUUCUAUACAGAGUACGCUGAGCAGCCAGGGAGUAUAUGUAUUGAACGAAGUGCUCCUCCAUCGUGGCAAGGAGCCGCAUCUUGCGGUAGUGGAUGUUUAUGUCGGAGGACGAUUCCUUACUGAGGCAGUGGCGGAUGGGAUCAUCAUCUCGACGCCCACGGGCAGUACCGCAUACAGCUUGAGUAGUGGUGGCAGUAUUGUGCAUCCCUUGGUGCCUUCGGUUCUACUAACCCCGAUCUGUGCCCGGAGUCUAAGUUUCCGGCCUUUGGUUCUACCAUCCAGCACACCGAUUACGCUGAAACUGAGUGAAAAGAAUCGGGGCCGUGAAUUAGAGAUGAGUAUUGACGGGGUUAACAUGGGUCAGGGAAUGGCAGUUGGCAUGGAGGUCCGAGUAUGGAAUGAGGAGAUGCGACAUGGCAAAAAUGAAUGGCAAGGAGGAGUGCCGUGUGUGAUGAGAAGAAUUAUGGGCGGUGAAGCGCAUGACGGAUGGGUUGGCGGUUUGAAUGGGCUGCUCAAAUUUAACUACCCCUUCGGUGAAGAACCAUGA